CGGAAAUAAAAUCGGGCGCGGCGCGUCUGCAGUCCAUCCGUCCUUGCCUCUGCCCGCCAUCAUGUCGCCCUCCACGAUCCACAUUGUCGACAACAAGGGCGAGGAGAUCAAGUCCGUCGGCUUCAAGCGCUUCGGCUUCGACUCUGAAGUGUCCAUCGACGCCCUGCGCGCUCUGUACCUUCGCCCGCACUAUUCAGAGAACUCGGAGGAUGCGUCGGGGAAGAACAAGGUUGCGGAUACCGACCACGCCGCGUUCACCGCUGGUUCUGAGGCGUACCAGUCGCAGGCCAUCUACGACCCGAAGUCCAAGUCCAUCUCGUACACCACGCUCACGCGUUUCCCGCCCGUGCGGCUCCUCCCUCCCUCGGAGCGCAAGCGCAUCCUCGUCACCGGUGGUGCUGGCUUCGUCGGUUCCCAUCUCGUCGAUCGCCUCAUGCUCCUUGGCCAUGAAGUUACCGUGCUCGAUAACUUCUUCACCGGCUCCAAGACGACUGUCAGCCACUGGGUCGGGCACCCCAACUUCGAGAUGGUCCGCCACGAUGUCGUUGAGCCCUUCAUGAUUGAGUGCGAUCAAAUCUACCACCUUGCUUGCCCUGCUUCACCUCCCCACUACCAAUACAAUGCCGUCAAGACGAUCAAGACUUCAUUCAUGGGCACUCUCAACAUGCUUGGUCUUGCGAAGCGUACGAAGGCACGCUUCCUGAUCUCCAGCACGUCUGAGGUGUAUGGCGACCCAGAAGUUCACCCUCAGCACGAGGACUACUGGGGCCAUGUCAACCCCAUUGGUCCGCGCGCCUGCUACGACGAGGGCAAGCGCGUCGCGGAAACCCUCACGUACGGCUUCCACCGUCAAGAUGGCGUUGACGUGCGCGUCGUCCGUAUCUUUAACACCUACGGGCCACGCAUGAACCCCUACGAUGGCCGCGUCGUCUCCAACUUCAUUGUCCAGGCCCUCAAGGGCGAGGACCUCACGGUCUAUGGCGACGGCAAGCAGACGCGCUCCUUCCAGUACAUCCACGACCUCAUCGACGGCAUGAUUGCGCUCAUGAACUCGGACGAGACUCGCCCGGUGAACAUUGGCAACGGCGACGAGUUCACGAUCGGCGAGUUCGCGGAGCUCGUGCGCGACAUCGUGGAGAAGGUGCAGGCGGAGGACGGCGUGAAGCCGGCGCGGAGGGUGCAGGUGGUGUAUAAGGACCUGCCGACAGACGACCCGAAGCAGCGCCGGCCGGACAACACGCGUGCGCGCCAGACGCUGGACUGGGCGCCCCGUUGGACGGUGCGCAUGGGCCUGGAGGAGAUGGUGAGGUACUACAAGGCGAAGAUGGCGGAGGGCAGCCUCUAGAUGGGUGAUGCUAUCGACGAACUGAACGAGUGUGAAUGGAGGUUCGGAACGUUGGAAAGACUGUAUAUUCUACAUAGGGAGGACUGCGUAGCCUGCCUUUCGCGUGUAAUUUCUGGGGCUUGGGGUCUCUUGGUGUACUCUUAGACAUAGAGUAUGUGUUCCUUUGCAGUAGAGCGUACUCAACGAUGAUGCCUUUUCGAUCAUCUGAAGGCCCUG